AUGCCAUGGUUGGCGAACAGAACCACGGAUGAUAAUCUACCAGUGGCCCAGAAGAAGUUGGACGACUAUCGCAACUAUCGCCGACACGAGAAGCCUCCUCGAAUUGAAGACAAAGGCCGCUUGGAGACUUUAUUCAACACACUGCAGACGAGGUUGAGGCUCUCGAACAGACCAGCGUUCUUGCCGAGGGAUGGCCAUCUUGUAAAGGAUAUUAACAAUGCCUGGAAAAACCUCGAGGAUUCAGAGAAAGGUUUCGAAGAGUGGCUUUUGAGCGAAAUCAUGCGCCUGGAACGCCUCGAACAUCUGGCAGAAAAGUUUCGUCGUAAGUGUGCUUUGCACGAGGAAUGGUCCCAUGGCAAAGAGGAAGCUCUUCGCAGCCAAGAUUGGAAGAGCUGUGGCUUGUAUAAGAUUAAGGCCCUUCGCAAGCGUCAUGAAGCAUUUGAAAGCGAUCUUGGAGCUCAUCAAGAUAGAGUAGAGCAAAUCGCACUCAUUGCUAAAGAGCUCAAUAAUUUACGUUAUCCUGAUAUUGGUCCUAUCAAUGCACGUUGUCAGCAAAUCGCACUCAUUGCUAAAGAGCUCAAUAAUCUACGUUAUCCUGAUAUUGGUCCUAUCAAUGCACGUUGUCAGGCUAUCUGUUCUCAAUGGGAUCGCCUUGGGCAACUGGCAACUCAAAGAAGAAUAGCUCUCGAAGAAGCUGAGCAUGUGGCCGAACGUUUGGAUGCCCUGUAUCUCGACUUUGCUAAAAGAGCUGCUCCCUUCAACAACUGGCUCGAUGGUGCUCGUGAAGAUCUCGCCGACCUUGAAAUCGAACGCCUUGUGGAAGCUCAUGGACUUGACCGCGAGCUUCUGCGCAAUCCUUAUACUGACCUCUCGGCUUCUGACAUUCGCCGCAAAUGGGGAGAAGUUCAACAGGCGGUCCCAAGAAGAGAUGGGCAACUGCAGAGCGAGCUGCGAAGGCAACAAAAUAAUGAACGUCUCCGCACAGUAUUUGCUGACAAAGCAAAUCAAGUUGGACCAUGGUUGGAGAGGGAAUUGGAGAAGGCUGCAAAAACUGUGCAAGAUUGA